UUAUUUGAAAAACGGCAAUAAAAUACAUGGCCUAAAACAGUGUGAGUGAGGUGGUGCUCUGCUCUUUUACCGGGUGAAUCCCAAUGAGACAUUCCUCAGUUUUUGGAUUCGCGCUUUUCCUCUCAUUUUCCGUUACAUCAUCUUCAUCUUUCUCUUCAAAUCCUAACCCUCUUCCUCUUCCAUCUUCCUCCAUCUCAAUCCCAAAAGCCACUCCCUCCGACUUACUAUCCCUUCUCGGCCCCAAACCUCUCUCCAAACCCGUCAAUCCCGUCAUAGCACGCAAACUCAACUCAUGCCUCAAAUUUCUCGUCCCGUUUUCUCCAACCGUUACCGAUUCUCCUCGUCAUCGGAAAUUGUUCCGGACCGAACUCGUCGUACCAAAUCGGAGACACGAGAAUGAUAUGAUUUGGUGGCCGCCAGAAUCCGUUUUGGAACUUGCUCGUCUCGCAGUUGAUUCCAGUGGUGAUCCUGCCGCCAUUCAUCGCCUUCUUGACCCAACCGUCAUCCCAGUACCUAGUAUUGAGGGAUCAAGCAAAAACCGAUGCCAGCUCACCAGAACUCCAUAUGGAAGACGCUUUAUUUCUGAGGAACUGAACAUGUAUAUGCAGUUUUUGUUUGACCUCAUUGUUGAUCGGGGUCCUUCUGUUGGGUUUGAUGUUGCCUUGAGCAGAUUUGAUCUAUUCCAUGGUCAUCUCUUUCUAACCAGAGAUUCUGGAAGACUUGGUAUCUUAUUCCAUGCAAGGGAAUUCCCGGCAUAUAAUAAACAAGUGUUUCCGUACAACAUGGGCUAUUGUCAGAUAGGUACUAGUAGGUCCUGCUUUGGAAAUUCUGUUGUGUUAUGUUCUCUGGAUCUUUUUAGAUUGCUUUGUAAUUUUUGGAGGCACCUGGUGUGGGAAAUGGAAAGUCAACACGGCUUUAGUUCCAAUGUGACAUAUGAUGAUUCAAUGAACUUGCGAAAUAUUCUCUGGCUGGCUCCUUUGCCUGACCGUUCGUCUAAAUCUUGGGUGGCACCAGGGGUUCUGGUAGUGCUGGAUGCUAGGCCUAAUGGAAUCAUAUACAGAGAUCUAAUACCAGACUAUGUAAAAGUUGCAAGAACUAUAUAUGAAGAUGAUUUUGGAGAGGUUGCUGUUGAUGUUAACAUCUUGAAUGUGGGUUCUAAGAGUCAAAAUUAUCAAAUAUUCAUAUGCUGAUGCUAUGCUCAACACCGUCGUUACCAGCUUAUACAUAUGAAGAUUCGCAAAAGGUUACACAGAUGAUGGAAAGCUAGAUCACGGUGCAGAUUGAUUAGGGGAUUCACACAGAUGAUGGAAAGCUAGAUCGCAGUACAGAUUGAUUAGGGGAUUUCCUCGGAUUUGAGAGGUCAAAUUGAUGGAUGUGUUCAAUUAUUUGAUAGAUAUCUAAAUCUACAUUAGUAAUCAUACUGUAAAACUACUAUUUUAGAUAUCUAUGAUAUUAUUCAAUCCACCUUCGAAAAAAUCAUCCUCCAUAUGAUUUACAUACUCGUCAA